AGGUGAAGCGAGUAACCCGUUAAGGAAAUACAGUUCGGGUGAGGAGCAGCUAAAAAAUGGGGUUGCUAGGGCAACUCGGUUUGCUGUUUAAGAAAAACUUUAUACUCAGGAAACGACACCCGGGAGUGAUUGUUCUAGAAGUACUUUGGCCUGUAUUGGUGGUAGCUUUGAUAGCCAUUGUACGUUUGGGGAUUCUACCAUCACUAUACACCACAUGUCACUACCAGGCCCGUGCUAUGCCCAGCGCUGGCAUUACACCAUUUCUUCAGACAUUCGUGUGUAACAUGGACAACGAAUGUCAUGACGAGGAGUCUCUCAAACUAGCCCAGGAAACUACGUACAGUGUAUCGGCACUGGUUCAGGACCUAUCCCCACAUCUAGGAGCACCAGCUACAGUAGAAGCUCUCAAAGUCAUGAGCACAGGGGUCAAAAUCAUGGACAAACUGAAAGAAAUAGCAGAUGAUGAAGAACUUGUAACUGGUUUAGGUGAUGCCUUGAAAGUGCGAACAUUCUUCCAUGAUCCUAAGUUUGUGAAAAAAGUUUUAACUGAAGAGUUUAAAUUGAUGACAAGCGAACAAGCUGAUGCAUUUUUAGAUGCGACAUUCAACAUUACAUAUGUGUUCGACUUGAUGAAGUAUCCAAACUUCAAAGAGGUUGUUUGUGACCCCCAAAAGCUUGGUUCAUUUCUGCUGUUUCCGGAGAAUGUCAACAUUACAGCAAUUUCAGAAAAUCUUUGCAACAUUCAUCCUGACACGAUCCCACCGCUGACAACAUUUCUGCAAAAACAGAUCGACAUUGCAGAGAUCAUUCGAAUCAUUGGCACAUUUGAAAAAUUGAAAUCCCGUGGAAAAGAUUACUCCCUGUCCCGUGGGCUCAUGGAUACAGCCGAUAUGUUAGACCUGAUCUUCAAACAGCCGAGCAUCUUGGAGGCCAUCAACGGAUUUUCAGAAAUCAAAACACUCCCAGACUUUAUCAGAAGAAUUCCAGAGAUGAUUAAGACAUUCAAUUCUUCUUCAUUUGAUGUUGGAUCCAUAAUAGAACUGAUGAACUUCCUCGACCCGAUCAUUGAACAGGCCAAACCAAACGAUACUCUGUGGUCAAGUAUUAAGCUCGGCAUCACCAUCACGGGCGACUUGUCUGACAUGCUCAGCGGGAAGUGGAACGGGAGUCUGAGUGAAAUGCUGGACAAGGUGCAGGACUUCCUGUUUAAUGUCGACCAGUCUCUGGGCAGCGUCACGGGUGACAUGAAGCUCAUCAUAGAGGCACUCACUAAUCUCGACUGGACAAGUCUAUUCGGGCAGGCUGUGAACAAGACAAUCAAUGAAGAAGUUACACUAUCGAGUCUGAACAGUCUGCAGGUAACGCUAGAGAAACUCAGCUUUUGGAACAUGACUGCCAGUGUGACGAGCGUCAUUAACAAAUUCCUGCAAAUAGGAAUCAUAAUGUUGGAGGAAACAGAAGAUCUCGAACGAGGGCUGACUGUUCUUGUCGGUGACCGUGAUGAGUUGAGGAAGAGUCUGACCAAGUUGUUUGAAAGAGGACCAGACAUCACCCUGGCUGUCCUCCGAGAAUUCACAGACCCUCAGACAAUCUCAAAACUGUUCCAGUCAUCAUUUACUUUCCAGACUUUCUGUUUUGAUGUUCUCGACAAACUGAACGCUACCAUCUCGCAGACUGAGCUGACCAAUCUCAAGAAGAACUUGUGUCAUGGAAAUGUUUCCACCAUCAUGCACAACUUUUUGCAGGGACUACGCGUAGAAAAUGUCACAACCUUGAUGAAUGAAACCGUUCAACACAUCCAUGAACUGCUGACUGGCAACUUCCAGUCUUCUGAAGCCAACAUCACUCUCCUGUACAUGCGGUCCACAGAGUUCCAGAACAAACUCAAGUCCUUCAUGAACAUCACUGGCGCCACCUGGAAGAAUCUCUUCACCAACUUGAACCUGAAGAACAUUGACCUACACGAGAGGCAGUGGGAGCCAGUUCUAAAGAUGCUGGACCAGAAUUACGUGGCAGCUGGUUUCCUUGGCAUAAUGCGAGGUUGGGGAUAUGCCAUGCAAAGCAGCAGUCUUCCAUAUCCCAUCCCAAUGUACGUGCAUGUUGCUAAAACUGCCAUCAAGUUCUCCUACGAAUACCUCAAGGUGUUGACAGAUGUGUAUUCCCCAUCCUCGGUGCUGGGCCAGCUACUACACUACUGGUCAACAUACGCACCUCAACUAGUGGAAGGAUCCAUACGCAUUCUCACCAACCAUACAGAUAUGCUCAAAGCUGUGAUUUUCUCAAAAGAUCCGCUGCAGCAGAUAUGCCAGGACAGAUGGUUUGAUUUGAUGCAGCUGCCUGCCUACGUGCCAGCGAACAAACUUGAAUCCUUGCUGUGUGAUACGAACUGGACGGCUGUGAUUGCCGAUGUCAUCUCUACACAGACAGGAUUCACCACACUGGUGGAAGAUAUCCAAACUGCGAUGAAUGAAAACAGCACAUAUGACACUGAACUUGAUUGGGCGGACAUCUUGGAUUACACUGAGCGAUUGGUGGACAUGGCGAAACAGCCUGGUCAGGCUGAGUCUCUGUUUGUCGGGCCAUGGAAUCUCUUCUCCCAGGUGAACUUCACUCAGAUCACCAGAGCUGUUGAAAAAGCAACAUCAUCAUUAUCUAACUGGGCACUAAAGGAUUUCACAAAGAUGUCCGAGGUCUCGAUACAGGUGUUGGAUGGCCUUGACACUCACCUCAUCAAUGUGACGUCUUGGAGAGCCUUGAAACACAGCUUCAAGGCUUUCAGUGCCUACAUGAGAUUCAUGAAUAGCUACUACAGAGUUAUGCUCGCUAAUUCAUCCAGCAUGAUGGAUUUGAUAGAUAUGUACCCGAGUGACUUCAAGGAUUAUGUCAUCAAGAUGGCCAAGGUCACUCCAGACCUAAUUGAAGCUCUGAAAAACACCAUCAUUAACCCAGACAAGCUUCUAGAAAAGCUUUUCACUAAUGGUUUCAAGGUGGCACCUGACUGCUCUACAACCUGGCUAACAGAUUUCUUGGUUGUAUCUACACCUAACCUGAAGGAGUUCGAGAACUUAACCUGUUCCUUGAACUGGACCAAAUUUGGGCUGGAAAUGAGCAAGUUUAACCCAGACUUGGCCGAAUACAAUGAUGAGAUUGCUUUGUUGAUUGGAAACAUGAAAAAUCUGCCAGAUGUGAAAUUGAACUGGACUCGUGUUUUCGAGAGCAUUGAAGAGUACAAUAAGAUCAUGUCUAGAUUAUUUUACCCUCGUAGCUUUGACUUGUCUCCCUUUAAUGUCACUGCCAUUGACAUGAAGUGGACUGACUUUGUAGCAGGAAUGAAAUCACUGGAGAAAAUGGGAACAGAUAAGUUACUGUCCUUGAUGGAUUCCAUCCAAAAGAAUAUGGACAAACUCGACUGGGGUGCAAUGUUUGGUACAAACACAAGCUCGGACCUCAUCAUUAAAUCGGCAUAUGCAGGUUUAUACAUACAACACAAGUUCUACAAGUUCCUGAUAACAGUAUUGGAAGACUUCAAUUCAACAACAGAAGUCAACAUGUUGGACUACCUUGGAUCUGAUGAAUUGCGAAGGGUUGUUCGUGCCAUUGAGCUCAUCCCAGAAGUCAACACAAUGGGCCUGGACACUGUGAUUCAGUUUAUCAUGGAUCCGAACAAGGCAGCCGUUUUACUGAAUUCAAGCCAACUAUGCGGGGACCUGUCAGUGUUCAGGGAUGUUUUUGACUUGGAGUUACUCACCACGUCUGGUAACAAUGUCAGUGCUAAAGACCUGCAGACUGCAGUGUGUGGGCUGAACAUCAAUGUCACGGUGCUGCUACAGGAACUCAAGGACCACUGGAAUGGAUUUGAGGAAUUUUUCAUUGCUAAAGCUGCAGUGUGUGGGCUGAACAUCAAUGUCACGGUGCUGCUACAGGAACUCAAGGACCACUGGAAUGGAUUUGAGGAAUUUUUCAUUGCUAUGGAGAACUUGUCCACAGACAAACUGACUGCUGAUGAAGUGAAGGUGAAUAUUAGCACAAUGGUGGAUGAUAACUCGAGAUACCAAGCACUGCUUCAAUCAAUCAUACAACAUCCACCCACUGUUGUCAUCUUCGCUGACAUGAGUUGGAUGAAUCAAACUGUGUACGAAAAAGAAUGGCAGCGGUUUGUCGACAAAAUGAAUACAACUUUGAUGAAGUUUGAAGAACCGAGCUUCAUGAGAAAAUGGCAGAUGGCCAUGAUUGACACCAUGUUGGCAUCGUUUGAGAAGAUUCCAAACUUUGACAUGAUCCUGCAGUAUCUUGAUGCCAUUCUGGAUUUGGUCGAACAGAGGCUUAAACAGAGUCUUGUUUCAUUGCCCGAAGCUUUCAAGGACUACCCUAACCUAUCCAACUUGUUGUACUUAGUGGACCAAUUUCCUGAUGUUUUUGAAGUUUACAUAUAUACCUCACUCAAAACACCAGAAAAGGCCAAGUCAUGGCCGACUACCAUGGCAACGUGGGAUCAGUUCUGUGCCACUGACUCGGACGUUCUGUUCACCGUCCCACCAUCGUCCUCCUUCAACAUGUCCAGCUUCCUACACCGAAUGUGUCAACUCAACUUCACCAAGCUCGCCAACGAGCUGAAUAACUACCAGGGAACAGAGAGGCUAAAGGAACUGAUUACCAAUGGAACAACGGCCUAUUCUGUAAAUGUCUCGACCAUUGCCACGAAGCUGUCCUCUUUAGUGGAAUCAUUGACUAAUACAACAUCAUCUUCAAAGAAAACUGGAUUUGAACUUCAACUCUUCAACUCAACCAUCUGGAAGGAUGUAAUGGAAAGAAUCGGAAACUAUUACAAUACUUAUUCAUUCAAUUCCUUGACAUCAUCUUACAUAUUUAGCUACUACGAGUCAAUCCUGAAGAAUGUUCCGGCACUGAAGGAUCAGAUGGGCUGGGUAUCGACAAUAGCUGUAGUUGCUGAGUCACUGUUUGAUCGUCUCCUCAUAGUGGAAAAUGCCACCUCAUUCUCCCUGAGUACGUUCUUUGAAGGAGCCCCAGAAAUGCAGAAGCUAGUGGAGUUGGUACAGGAACCGGGACUGGUUGAAGUCUUACUGGAAUCCAUUAAUUCAAGAAAGUUCCUGCCACUGUUUGAAUCUAAGAAUGCCACAGCAACAUUAAUAAAGUUCUGUGACCCUGCUGAAAACAUCUCGCAAUACUUCACGAUCCCCGAGGGCCUGUCGGUGAACCUGACGGAGUGGAGAAUCAAGUUCUGUCGUGUCAACAUCAGCAUCAUGGUGGACGAGGAGGCCAACACCAUCUUCAACUUGGACAAGAUUUCCAGUGUGGCCAACGGCAGCUCCGAUAUUGACUGGAUGACACUGGGCGACAAGUACAAGCGAGUUGUUGAUUUGAUAAACCGAUGGGCUGAGAAUCCACCCAUGUUGAACACAACAGAGAACUGGCAGAAUGGCUCCUUCUGGCUCAAUAUGUUACAACAGUAUGGGAAGGCGAGACAGAACCCUGAGGAACUGAACCAACAAAUUGAAAACAUGUUUCUCAAACUUGGUCCUCUCCUGGAACAAGAGUCGUUCCGUCAGUUUGGUCUCGUCAUGGAGACGGUGCUGAAACUCCUGAACAAAAACCUGGUUGCCAUGGAAAACACCACCAUGACCGUGAGUUCCUUGUUUGACAAGGUUCCAAUUCUCAAGGAUGUCAUCACGGCCAUUGGUCUGAGUCCCAGCAUCCUCGACACCCUGUUGAAGGCACCAGUCAAAGACAUAGAGCUCUUCAUGAAGGCCAUGACGUCUGCUACAACCAGCAUUUGUACGAAGGAUGACAGUGUGUGGAGAGAUAUGCUGCAGUUACCAGACACAUUUAACAUGUCUGCCCUGCACAGAGCCAUCUGCAACCAAAACAUCACUGAGCUGGAAGAAAAUCUACUGAAGAACCUUGACCUCAAGGACCUGUUGUCAUCUCUGUCGAAUACAUCUGCCAAGCCUGAUUGGCUCAUGAUCUUCAACCUGUCGCAGCAGUUCAGUCAGAAUAUAAAGUUGUUUGUAGACAAUCUGCCGAAGUUUGAUGUCAAUGGAAGUCGUGAGAUGUUUCAGAAUGCAUACAAUGUGACAAAGCUUCUUUCUCAGAUGUCUUCGAGAAUGACAUUCCAGUUGUAUGGCAGUAUGCUAGAGAGCAUCCCUGGUUUACAGAAAGAGAUGGGUUGGUUUGUAACCAUGAUAAAAAUACAGAACUUUAUCUUUGACAGACUUCUUGUGCUUGAAAAUGCGACAUCUUUCCAACUACAGGACCUCUUCCCAGACAGCCCUGAGAUAGAGAAACUCAUUGAGUUCAUACAGAAGCCUGGAGUUAUUGAAGUCCUGUUAAUAUCAGUAAACACACCCAAGUUUCUGCCUCUGCUGUCAUCAAGCAAUGCCACAGCGACUUUGAUGAUGAUAUGUAACUCCAGCACAGACAUGAGCCAGUACCUGACUGUUCCUGACAAUCUGAAAUCAACUGUCAACCCGAACACUCUACGAGAUCUGUUCUGUGAGGUGAACUUCACCACACUGAUGGAGGAAGCUACUUCCCUGUUUAACAUCACGUUUAAUACGGAUUACUACAAUUCGAGCAUGGACUGGGCAGCAGUGGGUGACAAGUAUGACCGAGUGAUGACGAUGAUCACGGAGUGGGCGAGGAAUCCACCACAGAUCAUCAUACCGUCGAGAUGGGAAAACGGAUCAUUCUGGCUGGACCUUCUUCAGACUUACACAGACAGCAGAAAUAAACCAGAGGCAAUCGUACAAGAACUGGAAAGCUUUCUGGCAAAGUUAUCUCCCCUUCUUGAUCAAGAACAGUUCCGACAAGUGGGGCUGGUGUUGCAAACAGUUCUUCAACUCUUCAAUGAGAACGUCAUUAGCAUGAACAACGGAAGUUACACCCUCAACUCCAUGUUUCUCAAAAUUCCAGUCCUACAUGAUAUCGUUUCUGCUCUGAACCUGUCCCCCGAUGUUUUGGAUGCUCUGUUGAAGUCUCCUGUCAACAACCCACACCGACUUGCUGAAACACUGACUGUUGCCAGUACCAAGGAUGCUGUAUGUGCAAACAGUGAAAUGUGGAGAGACAUUCUCAGUCUGCCUGAUUCAUUCAACACCUCAGCUCUAAAUGAAGCUUUUUGCAACCAAAAUAUAAGUAAUAUUGUAGAAAACUUGGUAAAAAAUCUUGACUUGGAAAAUCUGAUUGACUUCCUUGGAAACUCUUCGGCAGAGCCUGACUGGACAACAAUAUUUACACAAAUACAGGAGCUAGUGAAAAACCUCAACUCCCUGAUCACAAAUCCUCCCAGCUUUAAUUUCAGUGAAAGCAUGGCCGCAAUGGAAUCUGCGUAUAAUACCUCUGAGUUGUGGAACUUUAUUUCUAUAUACUCAACUUUGUCUAAAAUAUUUGGAAACUCGUCAGAAUUUGACGCUGUUGAGGGAUAUCUCAAAGGCGCAACUGUUGUGUUUGACUUCCUCAAUGACAUUCUAGACAAGGCCAAGGUCACUGGGGUGACACUUGACCUUGCAUCACUGUUUAAGGACAGCCCAACCUUCAUUAAACUGUUUAACGUGUUCCUCAACUUGAACCCAGACCCACUGACUGGCCUUUUGUCUAUACAGCUGAAGACUUCCCAGACCCAAGCUUUUGCUUCUGUAGCAGCAGAUGAAGUUCAGUUGAAGGAGGUGUUCUGUAACAAAAACCGAUUCUUGGAGUACUUCGAUGUCAUUGGUAGUUUGAACGUCACAGCCAUGCUUGAUGUGAUGUGUACACUCAAUUUCACAGCAAUGGUGUCAGAACUAGAAACUAACUUCAUGGUGGACGCCUUGAAUCAGAAACUGAAAGAACUUGAUGGGAGCAAAUUUGAUCUCAUUGCUUACAUUGAGACGUAUAAAAACCUGACCAACAAACUGACCGAACUGGCGGGGAUUCGCAACGUAACGUUCGGACGGUACAAUCUGCAAGAUCUGACUGAGUUCAACACUACUGUCCUGCUAGACAGGCUCACAAAACAGAUGGACAACGUGAAGAAAGGCUACGAGGGAUAUUCGCUAAAAUCACUUGACAAGAUGUUUGCCCAGUUUUCCAAUGACUCGAGCUGGCAGUCGGUGUUAAUUGCAUUCAAGACAUUCGAUCUCUUCCUGAAACACUUCAACCAAUACCUGACGGACAUCAAAGACAAGCCUCUGAGUCUGGAGUUGUUGCUGAAGGAGACCGAGUUGGGUAAGGUGUUGAUUCCACUUCUCAAAGAUCCAGCCUGGCUCGAUCAGCUCCUGCAGACCAGUGUCAAACCAGACAAGCUGACAGAGUUUGUCCAAAGUGAAAAUGCAACAGACAUAUUGUGCAGUAGUGAAUUAUGGGAUGCCUUUGUCCUGCCAGCCAAUGGGAGUGCAGCUCUGAAACACCUGCAGGAACAAGCUUGUUCCAUCAACUCCACUCUCCUCAUGUGGCAGUCGUUUGUGGUGCAAAUGAAAGGAUACACACUCAAACAACAGUCUGAAUUUCUCCAACGUGAGGCUGAUGCCGGCCGACUGACUCUGAAUUCCACUGAGAUGAGUUUGGACAUGAGGACCACUGUCGACCUGCUGACAACUCUCAUCUCCAACAUGAAGAACAGCACAGCAAGCCAGUUCCUCAAUGUCGAGGGGUUCAAGGCAGUGCUCGACAAGUUCAAAGAAAGUCUGAUACAGAAACUACUUGAUCUUUCUGCCCAGUGGUCAACUGCAGCUGCUAAUAUUGUUUGGCCAUCUCUACAGAACAGUGUUGCAGCAACACAGAUGACAAAAGUCAUCAACACUGCCAACAUCUUCCUGGAAAGUGUCAAUGACAAGUUGUCAUCAAUGCUGAAUGACAAUGUAACACUGAGUUCACUGCUGGGUCACACGGAUGCACUAGUCAAGCUGAUGGAGACGUACAUCAAUGUUAGUAAACAUGGUCUGGACUCCUGGAUACAAGGAAACUUCAACAUUGAAAAGUUGAUUGAACUGCUGAAGGACAAGUCCUUACUGAAUACUAAGUGCAGGGACAACAGUGUGGCUAGUUUCAUUUCUGAUUCUGCAUCUCCAUCCAUGGUCGUCAAGGAUUUGGAGAUUAUUGUCUGCACCUACAGCUCCAAGUUGCCAGAUGCCUUUAACAGCUACACAGAUAUUGAACAGAUCAAGAACAAGAUUGUCCAAAUCUGGAUUUCCACCACACCAGGUGCCCCAGACUUCAGUGGCUACAUAGCUAACGUAAAGCGAUUCAGCAAUCUCAUGACUCGGCUGGCUACGUCUAAGCUUGCAGUGAGUAACAAACUGAAGAAGACGCUGAAUUUCUCUACUCUCUUAACCUCACUGCAAUCUCUUGGAGAUCAUCCUACAUUAAUUAUUCAGUUGCUGAAACCACUUGGCUUGUUGUUAUCUGGCCCCCUAAGCAACAUGAAUGUUAAAUAUGCGAUGUCUAUGGCUGACAGAUUCUGGAUUCUUCCCAUUGUAAGAGCACUGGAAGCAUUCCAUGAGAAGGGCUUUUCUCUGAGUUCUGUACUGAAAGACCCCAGCAAGUUGGCGCAGAUGGUUGAAUAUUUCACAAACUACAACAAUCAGCUGUCCAUCAGUCUGCCUACGAUGGUGCAGCCCAUUUUCAGUUCCAUAUCAAGAGAACCCAGCUUCAAGUCUGAUUACAUCUGUAACAAGACGGUCAUCUUGCCCAAACUGUCUCCGAUAAAACUGGAGUAUGUGGCUGAUGUCCUGUGUAACACGUCUGCUCUGAAGUGGCUGGAAACUCUCCAACAGCUAGGACUGGGGAAUGCAGAAAUUUAUGGACUGUCAGUACAACUCAGCUCUGCCUUGUGGUCAUACAAGGAUGACACAAAGUGUGUCACUAUGUGUGACAAUGUCACACACAUAUGUUCAUAUACGUGCAGUUCUUCUGUAAGGAAUCCAAUUCUGAGUAGUGAUGUCAGCUGGUUUCAGCUGAUGACCGACAUAGAGAAACUCGUCAACUUUUUCCAGCAAGACUCCACCAUGAUGGUCACACAGAGUCCAGUGAAGGGGACAAAGGGCACAUGGAACACCAUCAAGAAGAUAUUGCUGAAUGACACACUUAACAACAUCCUUGGAGUUCUCAAAAUGAUGGAUUACUCGGCAAUGCCCUUGAAUUCAAACAUGAUGGAUUCCUUCAAGAAAUAUGUCAGAUUCAUUACAAGCAUCAACUCCUUCCUGAGUGACUUUCUCCACAACUUUUCUGGACAGACUUCACCUAUUUACCUACAAGACAUUCUGCCAAACUCUCAUAUAGUAGCAGAUGUUUUGAAUGAAAUCUUCGGACCAAACUUUGCUGCACAGUUUCUCACAGCAUCUGUUAAUCCUACAAAAUUCUACAGUUUGGCAUUUACUGAAAAGUGGAAAGACCUUGCAUGUAAUCCGGUAGAAUUUAACAAUACAUUCACGUUUGAGGCUGGAACCGAUGUUACACGUCUUCAGACAGAUCUGUGUACGGCUGCUACGACCCAGACUUCGGCCGUGAAGAGACUGGUGGAUCUCUUUGAUGCUGGGGCUAUUUUAAGACAGUUGGAAAACCUAAUGUCUGGUUCUACAAACACCACACGAGACGUCUCUGUGUGGGACUCGGUCUACAACGUAACACGCCAGCUGUUGACCAAUCUGGAGAAACUGGGGAAGGUCAAUGUCAACCAGACGUCUGUCAGUACAUGGUUCAAACCAAUCUUGUCCACUCUGCAGGCUCUCGGAAACCCCAGUAUUAGCAGCCUGAACCAAGCCUGUGACAGUUAUUUGUCAUACAUCAAUGGAACAGAAACUUAUCGUCAGCUCACUCCUAUGAUGUCCACAUUUUCAAAGCUUAUAAAACUUUUCACAGCAAAUUUGGCCAUCUCUACAUCAAUAGAUGAGAUAACAUGUGACUUGUUAUCUAACUGGAAUUUAACAGCUGUUACAACAAGGCUGAAAAAAGAUGGAUUCUGGGAUAUUUUUAAAAUAAUGAACUCUUUUGCAACUGAUGAUUCCAGUUCUAUCCGGUGUUCUGCUGUUACAAACUCAGCUUAUAAUCUUUUUGAAACACUCAAUGCAACGAUGGCCACUGGAGGAAAUGUUGUGACUAAUUGGGAUAAAUGCUUUGAGAAGUCAAAGUUUGACAACGUGUUGGAUUCUAUUGCGCAAGUAAUCCAGAUCUCGAGUGACGUCGUAAGACUAUUACAGGACUCCAGUCUCCGGCAGCUGCUUAAUAAACAGAAGAACCUUGUUCCCAUCCUUGAAUUCAUCUUCAAUGUCAUCUCACAGCAAAACACAGUUUUCUUCCGGGUGUCUGACAUCCUGAAAAGCAUAAACGGCACAGACCCCAAAGACUACCUGAUUGAGACACUGAAACUGUCCCCGGAUAUAGCCAAUUCUUUUCUCAAGAGUGCCCUUGACCUAAAUCUUACUGCUUUUGCCAGUAAGCCGUUAGAAGAGAUUGAAAGAAUUCUCUGCAACGAGAGUCUCCUGACGGACUUCAUGACCAUGCCAGAUUUCUCUCCGGUCAACAUGUCCAGUCUGGUCAGUCUAGUCUGUACUGACCAGAUUAAAGAAACAUCUGUCGCAAUCAAGGCUACGGUUGACACUAUGUCUGUUCUCCAGCAGUUGGCCAAGUUGACAAACUCUGAUGUUGACCAGCUGUGGUUCAGAAACUUCACGACUCACGUGGUAGACCUGAUCAAGAACUUCCAGUCUAUUGGUGAUUUGGCCUCUCUCUUCAGUAACGGCUUUAAUCUCGACUCGCUGGAGAAGAACCUCCCAAUUAUUGACAGGUUUCUACUCUCCUCAGGCCCUGAUCGACUCGUUCAAAGUUUACAAGUGAUCCUAGAGGACAUCAAGUUACUGAUGAAAGACAACACAACCAACUAUGUGCUGGACGAAAUGAAGGUCUUCAUCAGAGGGUUCAUGGGACUGGAUCUCAUUCAGUCCUACCUCAUCAAAGCCAUUCGUGUUGGUGACUUUGUGGAGAACCCCAUUGAAGUGCAGAAAUACCUCGUACAAGUUCUUGGCAUUGAUCCCAGUCUGGCCAAGGCAAUCCUAGAAGGAAAAUAUUCAAUCAGAAUUUUUCUAAAUGCCAGCCGACUUCUGGAAACAGGUCUUACAUGCAACGAGCUGUUUGGUCAUUUGAUCUACCCCAACACAUCCACAGUUCAGACCUCAGACUUGACUAAUAUCUUCUGUUCUCUGAACCAAUCAACUGCUGUGAAGCUCGCCAAAAGACUUAUUCCCAAUCUCGAUAUUGGAGAUCUACUCAAGAAGUACAUCAGUCUGGAUGCAGGAUCGCUCUUCAAGGAUUCAGGUGUUACAAAGGAAGAUCUCAAAGACUUCACGGACAAGCUGUUUCGUGCUCAGGAUAACCUGCUGAAAGCCACUGACUUCAUGAAGUCAGCCAAUAACAAGACAAGCAAGAAGUUACGGGAGAUCAUGGAUGAGAUCUUUAAUCUACCACAAGCUCAGACAGGUGCACAGUCUCUGCCAGCUAUUGAGCCUCUACUUUGUGGAGUUAAGAAAAAAUCUCUUGCUAAAGAUGAGUUCAAUGUCAAACCGUUCAUUUCUGAUUCCAAAAGUGAUGCACAGAAGGAGAAAGAUGAGAAGACCAGCUUGAAGAAAGUGGAUGAACAGAUUAAUUCCACACAAGCUGAUUUCUGUGAGAAGAUGUAUACCCAGAUCAAGAACGACACGUACGGCUCCAUUAUCUGGGCUUACUUGAAGCCAAUCAUCCGAGGAAAGAUCCUCUUUACCCCCAACACAGAGCUCACACGACGAAUCAUGAAAAAGGCGAAUGGUGUGUUUGAGAUCAUUGAAGAGGUGAAGAAUGUGGCAGACGCGUGGGCCGAGGGCGGACCAAGUCUUGCGACUAUGAUGGAUCAAGGGAAGGAACUCAAAUCUCUGAAGAACCUUUUGAACAACAACUUUGUGAAGAGUCUCUUGAAGUCGUCGGCUGGGUUAGAUUCUGAGAAACUCUUGGAUGGGCUGGAUGCCUUGGAGUCUGACAAUGUCAACAAGACGAGUCUCGAUGGGCUGACGAAGGUGGCUGAGCUAGUGAGCAACUACAUCAGCUGUAUGGAGCUGAAGCGCUUCACACCAGUCGAGUCGGAACAGGAUCUGCUGGCUCAAGCGUUCAACUUGAGUAAAACAAACGACUUUCUGGCAGGUGUUGUGUUCAAUUUGCCACGUAAAAACCGUCGUAAGAGAGGAAUAUCUGAUACCGACAUACCAAAACACAUCAGUUACAAGAUCAGAAUGGACACAGACAAUGUUCGAAUCACAAACCGUCUAAAGGCCAGGUUUUGGUAUCCCAACCCCGAAUCGAACUUUGGCGAGUACAUGCGUUACCUGCGUGGGUUUGUUCAGCUGCAGGACAUGGUAGACCAGGCCAUCAUCAGUCUACAGACAGGAGAGAACGACACGCUACCUGCGGUCUACCUCAAACAGUUUCCAUUCCCGUGUCACAACCAAGACAGCUUCAUCUUCAUCCUGGGUUCCUACCUGGUGCCUGUCCUCAUGACAUUCGCAUGGCUUGCCACUCUGGGAAUUACAACUCGGAAUCUGGUAUGGGACAGAGAAAAUGGACAAGAAGUGAUUUUCAGCAUCAUGGGAAUGAAGUCGAGCCUGAACUGGUUUGCGUGGUUCAUCUCCAGCAUGCUGCUCAUGUUAUUUGUGUGUUUCAUCCUCACUCUGCUGCUUGUGUUCAGUGUGAAGGAGAACGGAGAAAUCUACCGAUACUCCAAUGGAGUUCUCAUCUUCGUCUUUCUCGUCUGCUUCUGCUUUUCAUCAACCAUGAUGUGUUACAUGGUGAGUUCAUUCUUCACACGUACGACGCUGGCAGUUUUGACAGUUCUGAUCGUCUACUUCUUCUCAUAUCUGCCUUAUGUCAUCCUCUUCUCGCUCGAAGUCGGCAUGCAGUUCUGGCAAAAAAUACUUGCUUGUCUUUCCUCAACAACUGCGUUUGGUUUUGGGGCUAUGUACAUAGCUCGUCUGGAACUCACAACGGAUGGUCUCCAGUGGUCUAAUGUGGACAAGAGUCCAAUACUGGGUGACCCCAUGACCUUUCAGUGGGCGUGUAUAAUGAUGUUGAUUGACAGUUUCAUUUAUUUGGUCAUUGGCUGGUACAUCAGAAAUGUAAAACCAGGAAAAUAUGGUAUCUCCAAGCCCUGGUAUUUCCCAGUAACAGCCACAUACUGGUGUCUGAGAAAGCACAGAUCAAGGUCAACGCAGUACGGAAUUGAUGGGCCUGCUGCACAGCCGGGUAAAGAGAGUAUGUUUGAACCUGCCCCGGUUGGUCUUGAUGUUGGUAUGUCUGUGUAUCACCUGACUAAGAAGUUUGGCAAGUCUCUGGUUGUCAAUGAUCUGACUGCUGAGUUCUACGAGGGACAGGUGACUGCACUGCUAGGCCACAAUGGAGCUGCAAAAACCACAACUCUAAAUCUGCUCCUUGGUCUGCUGGAGCCGACGUCGGGAGACGUUCGUAUUUAUAACAAACACUCUGUUGACGGAGACAGCAUGAUCGGAGUUUGUCCACAGCACAACGCUCUGCUGCAAUAUAUGACCAUUGAGGAACACAUGUAUCUCUAUGCUGGCAUCAAAUGCAGUUGGUCAUCAAAAAAGAAGAAACUUGAAAUUCACAGCCUUCUCGAGGAUGUUGAUUUGUGGCACGUUCGACACGUGAUGGUGUCAGAACUGUCUGGUGGGAUGCAGCGACGACUGUGUGUGGCCUUGGCCUUCGUUGGAGGGUCACGUGCCAUUGUCCUGGACGAGCCGACCAGUGGGGUGGACCCCAGCGCCAGGAAGUGCAUCUGGAACCUCAUCUUGAAGAACAAACCGGGCCGCACAAUCCUGCUGUCGACACACCAUCUUGAUGAAGCCGACAUGAUUGGUGACCGAAUUGCCAUCAUGCACAUGGGGCAGUUGCUGUGUUCCGGGACCCCGAUGUUUCUCAAGGAAAAAAUUGGAGGCGGAUACCACCUGACUAUUGAACGUGCCUCUUAUUAUGAUACUUCACCAGAACCAAAGAGUAACAUCAAAAGUCACUGCAGUUCCCAGGCAGUUCUGAACUUCAUCCAGCACUACUUACCAAGUGCCCAGCUGGUGGAGGAAGUGGGUUCAGAGAUUAUCUUCCAGCUUCCUGUCAGGGACAGAAGUGUCACCCCAUUCCAUCGCUUCUUCCAGGAGCUCGACCUCAACCAAGAUGGCUUGUGCAUCUCCUCGUAUGGAGUGUCUGACACAACACUGGAAGAUGUGUUUCUGAAAGUGACAAGUCUUGCUGAUGAUGGUGUGGUACUAACGGACAAGGUUCUCGAGUCAGAAGAGAUGAAGAUGAGGAGGAGCCGAGCAGAGUCGGAGGCUGCAGCUAGUGAAGCAGCUUCUGAUACCAGCCAAGAGACGACAGUAACAAUGAUUUCCUCAUCAAGAGCUCGUAAGGCGUCUGGCUGUGGCCUGAAGAUGCAGCAGUUUGGCGCUUUGUUCCUGAAGCGGUUCCACCAUUACCGGCGCGACUGGCGCUCACUCGUCUCCAUCCUCCUGCUGCCCUUCCUCCUGUUCCUCGCCGCCAUGGGCUUCGCGCUCAUUCGUCCGUCUGAUUCCAACAUGCCAAACCUGAUCAUGACACCUGCGCUGUAUGGACCGGAUAAAUACAUGUUCUUCAAAGAUGGCUACGAGGGUUCCAAUCCAAUCAGUAACAAAUUGGUAAAGGCGUUCACUUCUGCACCAGGCAUUGGAACAACUUGUAUGGAUGGAUUCAAUUCAGGACCUGAGUUUCAAUGCACAUCUCAAGGCUCCAACUUCACCCAACAGUCUUACACGAUGAACCCAGAGGCCAAGUGUGUGUGCUGGAACUGGGAGCAGCAGUGUGACCCUGGGGCCGACUUCCCCCCGCCCCCGGAGCUGCAGGUGAUGUCAGGAAACAAUCUACAGAACCUAGAUCGACGAGACAUACCCGAGUAUCUGCUGAAGAGCUUCAGCAAAUUUAUUGAACUCAGAUAUGGAGGAUGGGCCAUGGAACAACCAGAGGAAGCCUCGACCAAUGCGACAGCUGUCCAGGUUUGGUUCAACAACAAGGGCUACCACUCCCUGCCUUCCUUCUUCAACGGCUACAGCAAUGCACUGCUUAGAGCCAAAGUUGAUCCUGCCAGUAAUCCAGCUGAAUAUGGAAUCACAACUUACAAUCAUCCAAUCACCUUGCAUGGACUUCAGCUGUCAUUUGAAAACUUAGGGCAGCAGGCAGCAGAUGCUGGUAUUGCUAUGGUAAUUUUGCUGGCCUAUUCCUUCAUCCCAGCAGCAUUGAUGAUUUACCUGAUCAAUGAGCGAAUCAACAAGGAGAAGCAGAUGCAAUUCAUCAGUGGAGUUCGACCUGCCAUGUAUUGGACGGCGUCUUUCCUCUGGGACCUGAUACUCUAUGCUUGCACUGUCGUUCUGAUGAUUGUUGCCAUAGCGAUCUUCAGGAAUGGAGCCUACUGGGAGUUCCAGAACCUACCUGCCACCAUUUGUUUGAUACUUCUCUUUGGCUGGGCUGUGAUUCCCAUGAUGUACUGCAUGCUGCGUCUCUUCUCCAGUGCCUCGUCCGCAUACAUGGUUCUCUUCUGCGGCAACAUGUUCUUCGGAUUAGUAACAGUCAUCUUAAUUGUCGUGUUGUCUCUCUUUAAAGACGAAUCCUUUGGAGAUUUGACUGCCGAGUUGAGAGUGUUGCGCUACGUGUUCCUCAUCUUCCCGCAGUACUGCCUGGGACAGGGUCUCAUCGACCUCAACACCAACUACUUCACCUACAAACUCUUCAUUAGGUUUGGAGAAAAUGUCUACAAAGACCCAUUCACGUUCGACCUGAUUGGUUGGAAACUGGUUGCCAUGGCAAUACAAGGUGUGGUUUUCUUCAUCCUGAACCUCAUCAUUGAGAACAAGAGAAAGUCGUUAAUCAGAGUGCCACACCACUUGCUGGAAGACAUGAAGGAGGAGGAGGAUGUUGCUAGGGAACGGACUCGUAUCCAACAGGGUCAUACAAAGGAAGACAUUCUCGUUGUCAACGAUCUAUCUAAGGUGUUCAAGAGAGGCAGUAACACGUUCCUGGCAGUGGACAGACUUUCAUUUGGGGUGAACAAAGGCGAAUGUUUUGGUUUGCUGGGUGUGAAUGGAGCUGGAAAAACAACCACUUUCCAAAUGAUGACAGGAGACACAAGACAAUCGGCUGGUAGCACCCUUCUCAAUGGCAAAAAGAUCAGUUACGGAGAUUCGAGCCUGAUUCAGUCGGUUGGCUACUGUCCCCAGGAUGGAGGACUCGACAACUUCCUGACUGGCGCCGAACUUCUCCACUUCCACAGCAGACUUAAAGGGCUGUCGGCAGAACAACGAGACAGUUCGGUGACAGAGCUGAUUUCAAGACUCCAUUUGACACAGUAUGCCAACAAGCCCAUCAGUACGUACAGUGGAGGAACGAAGCGCAAACUCUCUCUAGCCAUUGCCAUGCUUGGGGAGCCACCUGUGCUGUUUCUGGAUGAACCAACUACAGGGAUGGACCCAGGAACCAGGCGGUUGGCGUGGAAAUGCAUUACCCACACAGUGAGGGCUGGACAGUCAGUUGUGCUCACAUCACACAGUAUGAAUGAGUGUGAUGCCCUGUGUUCGAGACUGGCAAUCAUGGUCAACGGAAGACUGAUGUGUAUCGGCAGUGGACAACAUCUGAAGAACAAGUUUGGAGAUGGAUACACUGUCAUCAUGCACCUUCAAGGACUAUCAAGCACACAGUUCAGCAUCGAACAUUUGUUUUUGUCCCGUUUUGCGGGAGCUGCAGUAAAGGUCAGUUCUGAUGUCAAAAUGGAGACUGAACACCAGAAGGUGUUGGAGGUGAACAUCCCACGCGGAGUCACGUGUGUAGCCGAGCUGUUUGGAAUCCUCGAGCAGGCCCAGGAGGAAGGACACAUCAGUUACUACUCUCUUUCCCAGACCACACUCGAUACGGUUUUCAUCAACUUUGCCCGUCUGCAGACUGAUGCAGAUGAUGAAGAAGAUGAUGAAGCCAGCUCAAACAGCCAAUCACAGAACUUGCAUGCCGGGGCAUUCUCCAAUCAAUCGUAUGCUUACAUGAACCCCCAGUUCUCAGCUGACCCCAACGAUAUCAACAUUGAACAGAUGAAGUUUGCUAACAGUGACACAGACACUCGUGAUUUUAACGCAUCCCAUGAUGGUUAUUACGAUGCCAGAGGGAGAUUUUCAGUGAAAAUGUAACAUUUGUGUGCUUCAAAAAUGAAAAAGCCACAACACUGGCAGACAUUGAUGAUGUAUCAAGACAAUCACAACACUGGCAGCUGUUCAAGACAUACCUACAGUGUUACAACACUGGAAGCCAUUUAAGAGACAAUUUAGCAACAAAAUUACUAGAUCGGCAGCCAUUAUAAGUACAUGGCAAUGGCAUCACAAUCACAGUAAAGACAUAGCAAAAAAAUCACAAUGGCCACCAUUAAACUCACCCAGGUGGCUUGGACUGGUUAUUUGAUCACAUGUAAAGUAUGAAUGAAUAUGGAUUAGAGAAAUGAUGACAUUGUUUUAUUAUUAUUAUUUUAUGAGUUAAACAAGACAAAUUCUUUAAUGAAAUCCAUACUAUCUUGUAGAAAAUAGUUUAGUCUAUAUUUGUACAGCUAGCCUGCUAGAAUUGGCAACAAUAAUCACCUGUAUAUAAUGGGCAUUUCAUGAAUGCCCCUUAAUUAACAGAAAGCCAUUUUGAAUAUAGAAACUGGCCUCAUGGUGUUGUGGUUAAACCAUCAGAUAUAAGGCUGGUAGGUACUGGGUUUGCAGCCCAGUACCGGCUCCCACCUAGAGCGUGUUUUAAUGACUUAGUGGGUAGGGGUAAGACCACUAUAUCCUCUUCUCUCACUAACCACUAACAACUAACCCACUGUCCUGGACAGACAGCCCAGAUAGCUGAGGUGUGUGUGCCCAGGACAGCGUGCUUGAACCUUAAUUGUAUAAAAGCAUGAAAACGAGUUGAAAGGAAUAUAGAAGAUUUCUUCAUGGGAUCUGAGCUUUGAAUGACUUGGAAUUUUUUUUUUUCAGCAUUCUAGUCAUGAAUAUACAUGAUUAUAUCUUAUGGAGGUUUGCGAUAUGAAAGUAAUAUUAUAUAAAGGACGUCUGCAUACAGAGUGCACAUUGUGUCAGUUCGUUGGGUGAUGUUUUUUACUGUUUCAAAAUCAAAUUUAAGUCAUACAUGGUCCACAUAUUUUGCUAAAAUAGCUGUAUGUUUGUGUUUUAAACUACCUAUUUCUGUAUCCUGUCAUUGAAGUUAGUCUGCACUUUGUUUUGACAAUAAGAUCAUUACUGUUGCUGGUCAACAUCUUUUAUCAUAUUGUACUAACUCUUGAAUUUAGUAUUGUCAUGACUUUAGCAUGAAGUCCAGUUAUCAAGAGAAGUUACUUGGCUGGACCAGGUUAUAUAUGUACAACAGAAAAGUUCCAUUUCCAAAACACAAUAUACGCUAAUUUUAAACUUUUGAACUUAACAGUCAAGGCAGAGGAGGAUUGGGGGGGGGGGGGGGGGGGGGGGGGGGGCAGGGCCUGGCUUUCCUAAAUUUUGUGAGUUAUAAUUUUAUUAUAUAUUAAUAUAUAUAUUUUUUUAUCUCUCUUCAAACCUCCCCCAAAGUUCCCUUGACAUUCCACCUCAUGUCAUUGCCCCCCCCCCCCCUCCUCUAAAUGGAUUUUCUGGAUCCACCACUGCAAUGUACACUGAUGUUAGUUCAAAUCAGCAAUAUGACAAUAGAGUUUUUGUCAAAAUGUCAUCUAUGCCCUUUGAACAGGAUCUCAAAAUUGUUCUUUGUGUGAUAUAUACAGCAAAAUUAAGUUUUUUUCUCAAAAUUCUGUAAAUGGAUAUAUUGCAUUUUGGAAAUGAACUCUUCAAGUGGAUGUAUUCAUUAUUGUUUCAAUAAGAAAAAAAACUAGUGUUCUUGUCUGUGUUCUGGUAUAUGAGUAAAUUUGUAAACACAGUCAAGCAGUGAUACCUCGUCCUUUUUUAAUGUAAAGUGCCUUGAUGUCAAGAAAUUCUAUAAUGACAUAAUUUUCACCAUCAUCUAUUGUUUAUAUUACGAACAACUGAUUAUCUUAAUGUUGAUUCAGGCCCUUCAAUGUCGAGAUAACAAAAUGUUACUGCACCUCUAAUAUUGUAGUUCUAUAUUAUUAUAAAAAUGGGGUUACGGUUUACGUACCCGUGUCCCCGAGUAAUAAUGUUGUUUUUCCCUUUCUGUCAUAAUUCUCCAGAGUGUGUACUUCAUAAAACUCCAUUUCUGUCACUGUUUCUUGUAACACUGGCAAGUGAUUAAUAUGAAUACUCUUAGUUGUGACUCGGUUAUUUAGGGUACAUACGGUAUGAUACUUAAAUACUCAGUGAGUUAAUCUUAUAUGGUAACACUUGAAUACAUUGUUGUUCAUUCUUUCAGCAAUAGUAUGGUACAUGAAAAAACAAAUUGCUCAAAAAUUUUGUGACAUUCCUUAGUCAACGGGUUUUAUUAUUAUGUGAUGAUGUACUGUUGUUUUAUUUUCAAAAUGACCAUUAAAUGAGCUUUGAAAUUUACAGUAGUCUACUUGCUUAACUUGAAUAUAUUCUUGACUAUAGCAGUGAUGAAAACAAUUUUAAUUAGAAACUUUAUUUGUAUAUAUAAUGAGUAAUGACCCUAAUUUCCGCCUGUGAAAAUGGAUACUAAGUUUAGUUAAUCUACAAACCUGCAACACACAUUUGGAUAAGGUUAUAACAGAGACAAGCUAAAGUUCUUGAUGUUUAAAAGGGGAAAUAUUGUCUAAAAAUAACUAAAGCUUGUCUCGAUAACCAUUACUUCUCAGACUAUGAUUUUUAGACAUUUUGAGCUAUUACAAAAACAUGGAUGACCAGAACCACGUCAGGUGUAUGAAAAUUAAUAUUCUAAAUAAUAAAAUAUACUUCUAAUUUAAAUUAUCAAAAACAGCUUUAAUAGUGGAAAAUAUAUGUCGUAGUGCUUAAAAACUAGGGUCUAUCACUUUAAUUGAGAACAAAAUAAAAUUUAUAUCCGUUAGUUUUCCAUGAUCUGAAUUCAGCUUAGUGUCAUCCGAACACUAGAUCAGUUGUCUGUAAAUCCAUUCACAAAAUAUUUUAUAGAAGUAUAUUUGGAUAUUUUAUUAAA